GCCCAUUGGCGUCGCUGUCGCAAGGGAAGGGGCGGAGAAGCCGCCAGACUGGGCCGGCCCCUACCAUGAGAGCAAAACCCAGGCUUCUUGAGAACCCAUCCAGGAAGGGACACUGAGCUGAUAUAGGAGCUGUACAUGGCUGAGGAGGCCCAGUCUAGAGGGUCCCAGGAGGCCUCAAGUCAGACAGAAUCCAGCCAAAAGCCAGGUGUCAUGGCUGCAGGAUCCCUCUUCAGAGCUCUGGUAUCGGCCAAGUGGGUGGCUAAGUCCUUGAAGGAAUCCCAGCCCCUGAAGCUGCUCGAUGCCUCCUGGUACCAGCCCAAGUUGAAACGAGACGCUCGGCAGGAGUUUGAAAAAGGUCACAUCCCUGGAGCAGCCUUCUUCGACCUUGACCUUGGCAGUGACCAGACAUCCCCCUAUGACCACAUGCUGCCCAAUGCUGCAGAGUUUGCUGAGUAUGUUGGCAAGCUGGGGGUAGGGAACGGCACCCAUGUGGUAGUAUAUGAUGCCAGUGAUGAGGGCCUCUACUCUGCCCCCCGAUUGUGGUGGAUGUUUAGGGCCUUUGGGCAUGAGACUGUCUCACUGCUGGAUGGAGGGUUAAGGAACUGGAAGAGGGAGGGCUACCCGCUGAGCUCUGGCAGGGCCCGCCCAAUUCAAGCAGAGUUCCAGGCCACCCUCAACCCGAUGUUUGUGAAGACCUAUGAAGAUAUCAAGGAGAACAUCGAAUCACGUCGGUUCCAGGUUGUAGAUUCCCGUGUUGAAGGGCGCUUCAGGGGCAUUGAGCCAGAACCCCAGGAAGGCAUUGAACCUGGCCACAUCCCUGGCACCUUGAACAUUCCUUUCAUUGACUUCAUGACUGAGGAGGGCCUGGAGAAGAGCCCUGAUGCCAUCCAAAGACUGUUCCAGGACAACAAGGUGGACCUCUCAAAGCCCCUGGUGGCAACUUGUGGCGCAGGCGUCACUGCCUGCCAUGUAGCCCUGGGUGCGUAUCUCUGUGGCAAGCCUGAUGUGGCCAUCUAUGAUGGAUCCUGGAUGGAGUGGUACAUGCGUGCCCGGCCUGAGGAUGUCAUCUCAGAGGGCAGAGGCAAGACUCUCUGAGGCAGGGGCCUUCCCUGCACCCAGGCCACCAGCCUUUACCACCUCAGGAUGGGGGGUAGGCUGGCCUAACAGUUUUUCCUAAGUCUUUUUUAAAUAUAGUGGCCAAAUUUAUUUUUUUAAUUAUUUUCGAGGUGUGGCUUGGAUGGCAUACCCCACCUCUCCCUUCUCUUUGGGAGGCCCUUAGAAUAUUCCGUUUUGGAGAUGAAAGACAAAUGCCAUCCGUUAAAAGGGGCAUGAAGGCACCUUUGGCAAUGUAAAGGGAUCUGCCGGAGUCGAUUGAAGUGGAGAAGGGAGAAAAGAGAAGGGCUUGCCUAGCCUCAAAUAUGGCCCUCUGAAAUGUAGCCUGUGCCAAUCACCAGACCUACCUCCUAUCUUUUGAUGUCAAUAAAUGUGAAAUGUUUAAUCUUUCUAUAUA